UGGGGAUUUGCAACGCGCCUGCCACGUUUCAGCGAUGAACAUGAUAUUCCAAAACUUCGUCAACAAGACACGGCUAACUCAGGGAAUGAUCAACUUUUGCGUGAUCGUAUACAUGGAUGAUAUCCUUGUCUACUUGGAGACCUAUCACGGGCAUGCGCAACACAUUGAGUGGACAUUGGGAGCGCUGAGGGAUGCUGGAUUCAAGAUCGCACUCGAAAAGAGCGAAUUUUUCCUCUCGGAAAUUUCGUUCCUAGGUUAUGUUGUGACACGUGGAGGAUUGCGGCCUGACUCGAGAAAGGUCGCGGCGGUGAAAGAAGCUCUGGUUCCCACGUCGCUGAUGCAGGUUCGAGCCUUCUUGGGGUUGGCAUCGUACUAUCGCCGUUUCAUCAAAGGCUUCGCCGCGAUUGCACAGCCACUAACGGACCUGUUACGAAAGGACCAUCCUCUCAGUUGGGACGCAGAGUGUGAGCAGGCCUUUGCGACCCUCAAAGACGCUCUGGCGACGACACCUAUUUUGAUCCGACCGGACCCCUCGAAACAGUUCAUUCUUAUCACGGACUGGCAACCGGAAGCUAUUUUCGCUAUUCUAGCGCAAAAGCAGAACGAUGGUCGCGAACACGUCAUCGAGUACGCGUCGCGAACGGUGCCAGACGAACGGAGGAAUGACUCAGCGCCCCAAGGGUCACGUGGACGCGGCACGGGGAUCACCGCCAAUGGGCCGAGUACCUCGAGCUGCUUAUCAUCCAGGCGCGGCAAACGGAAGGGGAGGGCGAUUUGCUCGGAUUCCUCUUUGGAUCGGUGCGGCCCGAUCGUCGAGAUCGUCUCGCAGAGCGACGAAAGCCCAGUCCCGCACGUUCUCACGCGGACCUUGGUGCCAUAUCUUCAGUGGUCGGCGUGCUUGGAGGAACCGGGAAGCGGCCGCAACCCACCAUCACAGCGCGGUUAUCUGGACUCGCACGAGAUAAUCGACCUCGCCUUCUUUCAAGAUCGAACAGCUUCCGAGAACGAGGAGGUAGAGAUUGAAGCGGAAGAAGAAAGCUCGGAAGAAGAGGAAGAAGCCGAAGAAGAGGCCAAUGAGGAAGAAACUUUCGAAGAGGGGAGUUACAGUGAGCACAACGAAGGGGAGCAAAGUGAGGAGGACGAGGUGGAAGAACAAGAUGACGAGGAGGAAGAAGAAAGAGACCAGGAGGAGUUAGAAGAAUCGGAAUGGGAGGGAUUUGAGGAGGAAGUGCGUGACGAGGCUCGGGCGCAGGCUCAGGCGCAGAAGAGGGAAGAAAUCGCGGUCGGGAAGAGACAGUUGGAAUUCGCCAGCGCAGCUGACCAGCCGCUCGCCAACGAUCCGGCCCGGGAUCCAGAGCCACCUAAGCCCGAGGAUGGAGAGACAGCUGCCGAGACUUCGGCCGCACCAGCAAGACGGCGACGGAAUAACGGCGCCAACGGCGUGUCUACUCGAACAGCUUAUGAUGAAUCCGUGCCGUCGCGAUCAAUCAGGGGAGCGGACAUGCCUCUUGGAGAUAAUUAUGACAGCCAAGGAAUGGUGGCCAUCCAGCUCCCAUUGGUAAUAAACACUUGGAAUUUUCCAACUGCCACAUUGAAGGCAUGGGACAUCGUCUCUGGACCAACAAAAGGUGGGGAUGGUUCGCUGAUCACCACAAACUAUGGCAGCAAUCUGGCCGUUGAUGCGGUUGUUGCAGGCUGCAGUGCUUGUGAGGAGGAGCGCUGCGACCGCACUGGUGCCCAAGUCCUGUGGUUGUGGGGACCACAAGGGCACGGUUUCUUUCCGUUUCCUUUCCGUGCGAAGUUCGUCAUCCAUAAAUCCAAGAAUUUCACCUCUGACAAUGGAAUACGAAUGCCCCCAACCGUCUCUAUUAAUCAUUACUCCAAUCCCGAAGACCAACGAAAUAGGACCAGAGUCCUAUCGCGUUAUUCCAUGCUAAUAUAGGAUGACAGUGCAGCAGCUGGUGUGAGCAUGGAAGUGCUGUCUAUGGCACUCAUUGGAAAACGAUUGCAACUCCAGCCAACUCCACAGAGAUAUGAACAGUAUGCGGAUGCCCACUCGCAAGCUCCACAGCUUCCAGAGAACGAUCCGGCCGACCCUCCCUGCUCUCCCGAAACAGGCCGAGCAGCGUCUUUUGCCUGUGCAAAUCAGAUGGAUUCUGCUGCUGGUGUUGGAUAUGGAGGGAGUCCUGAUGAGAGUGGAGAGACAACGCUUGAUGCCAUGGUCAUGGAGGGGGCCACAAUGGAUGUAGGUGCUGUGGGAUCACUACGAGGGGUCAAACAUGCGGCAUGUGUGGCACGUCUUGUCUUAAGGUAUACAGAGCAUACCCUCCUCGUCGGUGAGCAAGCAGCGCAAUUUGCACUAUCGAUGGGCUUAGCAGGGCCAACCAACCUUUCCACGGCGGAGUCUGUAGGGAUGUGGACUUCCUGGAUCAAGGACAAUUGCCAACCAAAUUUUCGAAGGAACGUUGUACCUGACAGCAAGACUUCAUGUGGUCCUUAUCGACCGUCGUGCACUUGCAACUAUCCAAUCCCAACGCAGGGAAGUGUUUGCAAAGAGGAUUGCAAGGAGGAGGGCAAAGCAACCGUUGGGAAAGCGGGUGCUGAAGUGGGUGCCAAAGCAGGACAAGUUAGAUUCUGUGGGUCCAGGGAGGACCCUGGGACUGGACUCAGGUUCCCGGACGGACACAGGGGCCAUGACACUAUCGCAAUGGCAGUCAUCGACAAGCAUGGGAACAUUGCGGUUGGCACAUCGACGAAUGGUGCUUCCCACAAGAUACCAGGAAGGGUGGGUGAUGGACCAAUACCAGGGGCCGCUGCGUAUGCUGACAAUGAUGUGGGUGCAUGCGGAGCAACAGGCGAUGGGGACAUAAUGAUGAGGUUUCUUCCAUGCUAUCAAGUGGUCGAGAGCAUGCGAAGGGGAAUGGAACCGAAGGCAGCCGCUGAGGACGCUAUUGCAAGGAUUCGGAGGAAGUACCCCAAGUUUGUUGGGGCAAUUUUUGCUGUCGACAGAAAAGGACGUCAUGCCGGAGCUUGCCAUGGGUGGACCUUCACCUACCUUGUGAGAUCUGCAGCCAAAGACGACGUGCAACUGUUCACAGUCUCGCCAGCAGUUGCCGUUUCCCAAGUCUAGAGGUUUGCAUGUACUCGUUGCCUUUUGUUGUUGUCAUCGUCAUUGUCAUCAUCUGGCAUCAUCGUCGUCAUCGGACAAGCGGGUUAACGGAGGCCCGGAAAUUUGCGGUUUUCGCCGACAGUUUCGGUGCAAAAAAAUUCAGCGAAAAGGUCGUUGUCAUCAUCAGCAGCAGCAGCAUCGUCGUCGUCAUCAUUAUGCCAGUCGACGAAAAACAACCAUUUUUUUUCAGGAUCUUCGCUGCUAGGAGGGACAAUCCUUCCUUGUAGUUUUCCUAACCUAUCAGCACUGACCUGUUGCUCUUGCAGAUUCAUCUGACGGCGCAUUGUGGUUUAGGUUGCAGGCUCAAAUCCUCUGACCUGCAGACAUUGUGCACCCACACAGAUAGCAAAGUUAGCAGGUGGACCGUGGGUACCCGUGUCCGAUGGCAAGGAGGGGGCUUACGACCUUCCAUGGGGGUGAUAAGCCUUGUACCAAAGCGGUCGUGGGUGCUCCCUUUUGAGGCCUAUACCACUACUGUAUCCGAAGCGUGAAGGAUCGGGUCAAUCUAAGCCGCUAAUUUACAAUCACGAUUCAAAAUUGGAUUGCUGAUACGAUACAGCAGCAUCAGACCACAGUAGUCGCACAAAACACUUUCCGUGCGAGAAUGGGGUUCUGUGAUAGUACUUCAUAGUGCACAUGCAGCUUUCAACCAAACUGUCCCAAUGGCACUGUAAUAUUCCCACAAGAUCCUCGUCAUGACUUCAGAAGGAGCCGUAACUCCCACAGGUACCACACUCUUCCCACAGGUAGUGCCGUUAUUCCUGAGUAAGUACUUCAGAAUGAGCCGUUAAUCCCGAAGGUCGUAAUGUCAGAUGGAGCCGCUACGUCACAGAGUGUAUGUGACCCCAUGAAACCUUAAACCGGGUAUGCUUCCGAGCUAUUUUUUCAGAGUCGGGGAACGUAUACAGCUGUGACUCUCAGAAAGUACUGGGGGCCGGGGCACCACUUCGUUGGAUACUCAACCAGGCAAAAUGGGUUGCACGCGAGGGCCCUCUUUUUGCCUGGAUGGAUAUCCAGCGAAACGCCACCCCGGUACUUCCCGAAAGUUGCGGCGGCUGUAUAUGAGCCGCAUAAUUUUUUGUUUUCCAAGCGGGGAAAGGUACUGAAACAGCAUACAUGCCGGUCGUGCUGAUGAACAGACGCCCCACUGCACAGUGCACACAUUAAUUUUAAGUGUUGUAGUUAUUCAUUCACAGAAUUCUCAUGUGAUGCAUACACAGUUGAACAGGGGAGACGGUAGCUUCCAGAUCACGUGCAGCACCCCGAAAAGCUUUCAGGGUAAAUAAAUGAAGGCCGAGUAG